AUGAAGGAGCUGUGUACGUUCUUCGUCGGGCAGGCGGGUGUACAAGCAGCAAGUGCGGUAUGGGAAAUGCUGUGUCUAGAGCAUGGCGUGUGCCGCGAUGGCACCAUCCAGUAUGAACCCACUUUGCAGGAGCAUAGGGAACUGAACACUGUUUUUGAAGAACUCACCCCUCACGAAAAAUACGUCCCACGUGCAGUAUUAGCCGACUUGGAACCCUCAGUUAUUGGUAUGCUAUCCAUUUAA